AUCUAUUUGAAUUUUCAUACAGGUAUAUUUAUAUAAAACACUCAGAAAAGUAAAAGGAGCAAUUUUUCUCAAGGUAUUCUGCAAAAUAGACAGUAGAUAUAUACAUUUCAAUGGAGAACUUUAAAUCAGCACCACCAGUAGUGUUAUCGGAGGAUUUGAAGGCUCCUGAGCAUUUUUGUGGUCAAUACAGAAACAAGAUAAUUGUGGCUCCCAUGGUGAGAGUGUGCACAUUGCCAUUUCGUCUCCUGGCUCUGGAAUAUGGAGCAGAUCUUGUCUACUCAGAAGAAACCAUUGAUUGGAAAAUAUUACGCUCCAACAAACGGGAAAAUGUUGGCCUCGGCACCACCGAGUUCUACGAUCGCACUGACGGCACGAUCUUUCUGAGCACCUGCGACAGAGAGCGAGACAAACUCGUCGUCCAAAUAGGGACCAGUGACCCUGACAGGGCGUUGCGGGUUGCACGCUUUUUAGAACCAUACGUUGCAGGAAUUGAUGUCAACAUGGGAUGCCCUAAAGAGUUUAGUAUCAAAGGGGGCAUGGGAGCUGCUUUGUUGACUAACCCCUGUAAAAUAAUGGCUAUAUUGAAGACGCUGGUGAAAGAACUGAAUGUGCCUGUGACUUGCAAGAUAAGAAUUUUACCGUCCUUGGAAGACACCCUACAACUGUGUCGGAUGAUCGAAAAAUGCGGGGUUGCGGCUGUCGCAAUUCACGGCAGAACAAAGGAUGAACGGCCUCAACACAGCAACCACGACGAUGUAAUCAAGAGAGUUACUGAGGUGCUGACAAUACCUGUCAUUGCCAAUGGUGGGUCGAAAGAAAUAAAUACGUACAAGGACAUUGAAGAGUUUAAAAAACGAACCAAUGCCUGCAGCGUUAUGAUCGCUCGUGCUGUUAUGUGGAACUGUUCUAUACUAAGAGCUUCAGGGCUGCUCCCUCUAGAUACGGUUAUUCGAAGUUAUCUACGUAAUUGCAUCUAUUUUGACAACCCUUUUACUUACACCAAGUACACAGUCCAAAACAUGCUGAGAGACUUGCAAGAGUCUCCGCGGGGCAAAGCAUUCCUAGAAACUCAAACAUUCAAGGAAAUCCUGACAAUUUGGAAUCUUGAUGAUGAGUAUGCCGCUGCCUUGAAAGAUCGCCAACGAAAACUUGAAAGCAUAGGUUCUUGCGUCGAACUCACCGACCAAAGAAGAUGGGGUCACCAGAGCAGGAAUGAGGUGGAAGUGGUGCGCAAGACGGACGCUAGCGGGAGGUUGAUCUCGGUUCAAAUGCCAAUGCAGUUCAUUAGAGGCAAUUUCCGGGACGCUGACUUGCCAAAGAUGGUGAUGAAUCGGUACGUUUCUCAGAACGAUCUUGCAGAACCUGUAUAUUCUGCUCAUAAUAAAGAUCGUUUCUUCAUUGGUCACGUGGAACUUGAUGGCGUCAUUUAUCAAACAAGCUGCAUAGAAAAGAGCCGACGAUAUGCAGAGCAAGCCGCUGCUAUGGUCUAUCUACAUGCACAUGAAUUGGUUGACGACUCCUACGGUUUUGUCGCGGCUGCCGGAUCCCGGAAGUACCAGCACCUAGGGAACGAAGCUUCAAAGACACCUCGACUUCUUCGUCAGGAGCAUCAGCGUUCUGUUGCAAACAGUGGACGCCAUAGAAGUAAAGCUAAAAAUCAGAAAGCUGUGUCCAUCAACAAGUCAUCGUCUUCUGACUCUACACUUGGCCUGUGUGAUGACACUGAAAACCUGCAUCCUGAGCACGGCCAGAAUGAAGGAGCCAGUCACUUGCCCUCCUGCUUCGCCCUGAACUUGGGCGAAGCUGAAAAAAGAGAAAGAAGAGAGGCCUCAGGAGAUCGAGUUCCUUCAAAAGUGAAGGUUUUCUUGGAGAGUUCUACUGAAAUCACCCUGGGUCCCGAAACAUGUAUUAAAUUUAAAGAUCAUGAAAGGCCUACAAAAGUUCCCAGUGAGAAUAGUUAGUAUUCGAUUUAAGCGUAGCCUUGUUAUUGUUAAAUAACUUUUCCGAAGGAAGUUGUAUGUUGAGAGAUUUAUGAGAGGACCCUCAAGUGUUCUUGUUACAUAAUAAUACCGGCUCGCUGAAAGGAGGUUUAAGAUGAUGCAAAAAUCCUCUGUUCUGAGCUUGAAAAAAAGGUACUUUCCAGUGUAUUUUAUUAGCGCUUAUCUAAUGUUCCAAUGUGUCUUUCAUUGCUCACCUUCAGAUGGGACAAAUUAUUUCCUGUGUGUACACCAUUGCUGUCUCGUCUUAUUAUGUGCGUGCAUUUGUCCCAAACGUUAUUCGUGCAGUAGUUCCGUUCGAUAGAGGGUUUAUAAAAUCUGAAAUAAUCCACAUUAGGUUCUAUGAUUUGCAGUUUUUAUUUCAUUUACGAGGAGAAAAAUGUAAUUUUACCUCUUAAACGCUUUCCUCUCAUUUUAUGUUAUGUCGCCGGCAUUGCAGUGUUAUUAUACUGGACACGUCAACGUGUACCGUUAAAUGAUCUUGUUGCUGGUUUCAUUACUUCGGACUGAAUUAUUCUCCUCUGAUCAGGUGUUGCCAAGAGCUUCGUUGUUUAGGUAAAAUAAUGUGAGUGGCGACAGCAAUGAAUUACAGAACAUGAUUUUGCCUCAAAACCGGA